AUGGAGAAGCUACAGCUUGUGUCCAUCUGCCUACUGGGUGCUUUGGUGUGUUUUGGUGCCGGUCAGCACCUUCCACGCGUCCGUGUCGUCCCGUGGAGACACAGGAUUCAGUGGGAGAACAACGGCCAGGUGUACAGUUUACUGAGCACUGGGACUCAGUAUCGCUCACCUGUGCAGAGCAGAGGAAGCACUCAGUUCGCAUUGACGACUAAAAACAGCUUUGACCGACUUCACCCUACUGUUGCACUCAGGGGAUCCAGCAGAACCACACAUGGAGACCUCCAGGACGCAGCCGGGGGCCACUCUCAACAAAACGAACUAAGCCAAUUGGAUGAGUCGGUUCUUGGUGUUGAUGCGGGUCAGUAUUUACUCGCCCAGUCCCCACCGCUCCCCGACACCACCCGAGAGGCUGUGGUUGUCCGUUCACAACAGGCACCAUCCAACCACAGCGAUGGUGCUUACACCUCCAUCCAGGAGUUAUCUGGCAGUGGAGUCCUGCGAGGAGGCCGGAGUACACCUGGAGAUGGCUCACACCGGGCCACAGCGUCUCCGGUAAGAGCAUCGGACUUUACGCACAGUCGAGCUGGCAGGAUGAGAUCUGACAGCUCAGAGGCUGAGGAUAGCGGGAAUACACGUCUCAUCCAGCAGCAAACACAUGCAGGAGACGCUCUCCAGUCAUUGACCAGAAUUACACCGGAGCCAAAUGUCUCUCCCACAGCGCUGACCAGCAACGCCGUAGAAAUACACUUUCCUCGCCCGAGGCCGGAUGCAACAGGGACUACGGACACGGACGACCCACGGGAUCCGCACAGUAUUCAUCACAGGAACUCAGUUUUCUAUAAUAUUUACCCACCAGACCGCAGGAACAGGAUCCCUGUGCGACCUCCACCAGGACCGGGCUAUGGCACCAGGUUCUUCCACAACGGUCUCCCAGACUUGGUUCCCGACCCAUACUACAUCCAAGCUGCCUCUUAUAUUCAGAGAGUGCAGAUGUACGCACUUCGCUGUGCUGCUGAAGAAAACUGUCUUUCCAGGUCUGCGAAUCAUCCCAGUGUGAGGGACCUGGACUACAGAGUCCUGCUGCGGUUCCCACAGCGAGUGAAGAACCAAGGAACAGCGGACUUCCUCCCAGUGAAGCCCAGACAUGAGUGGGAAUGGCACAGCUGUCACCAGCAUUACCACAGUAUGGAAGCUUUUAGUAAUUACGACUUGUUGGACAUCUCCACUGGACAGAAGGUCGCGGAGGGACACAAGGCCAGUUUCUGUCUGGAGGACACGUCCUGUGACCCCGGGGUGCGACGGCGCUUCGCCUGCACCGCUCACACACAGGGGCUCGGUCCUGGUUGCUACGACACGUAUCAUGCCAACAUCGACUGCCAGUGGAUCGACAUCACGGACGUACCCCCUGGAAACUACAUACUCAAGGUGACAGUGAACCCCUCUCAGAUGGUUCAGGAGUCUGAUUUCUCCAACAAUGAGGUGCGCUGUGACAUCAGGUACACAGGAAGCUACGUCCAGGCAACAAACUGCAGGAUCACUGUGUAA